AUGCCCAGGUGCGACUACUGCAGGUCUCCUUGUGGCUGGCACUCGUUUCCGGGGCUGCAACGCAGCUCUUCCGUGGUAAGUUGCCUCCCUUGCUGGUUCGACCCCGACCACAACUGGGAGUUCGACUACGAGGACGACCCAGUGACGGACUGGCUGUCCGACGAGGAGGACAACAACGGGCUCGGACCCUGCGGGUACGAGGAGGCCAGCGAGAGCGAGGAGAGCAGCUUCGUGCCAGACACGGAGCUCGACAGCGACGAGGAGGCAGAGGGCCCCGUGGGCCCCAAGGCGCCGCUUGCAGUGAUGCCGAAGCCUCAGCAGCGAGUGUGCCAGCAUUGCGGCAAGGCUGGCCACAACCUCAGGAGUUGCCCCAAGCUCGCCCAGCAGCUCCUCCGCAGCGUGCAGAAGGCCCACUCCCCCAGCGCCGUGGUGGACGCGCUCAAGACAGGCGGGUCGGGCCUCAAGGUGACGGGGAUACAGACGAAGUUCAUCUACCGCAAGGCCCACAAGCUGCAGCGCAGGGUGUCGCACAAGGGCAGCCGCAGGGUCUCCGCGGCCAGGAAGGCAGCGAAGGGGCGCAAGAAGGCGGCGAAAGAGAAGCGCCGCUGCUUGACCAGGAGCACCAAGGACGAGGCAAAGCUGGCCUUGGCAGCAAAGCAGAGCAUGGCAAAAGCGUGGAAGGCUCUGGCCAAGUGGCGCUUGGCCAAGGCGGGUGCGCGUGGUAACUGCAGGAGCUACCUUUGCCCUCGGUGCCAUGCAAGCUGCGCCUGCACCAAGCUCGACGGACACGGCCAGACACGGAACGGCCCGCAGACCAAGCGGAAGAAUGCGCUCCAGGCCACGCUGGCGGUCAAGAAGAGAAAGCUCACCUCGGUCUUCUUUCGGGGCAGCAGAUGCGGUGACAUCUACAAUGGCAUCAAAUUCUGCGUUCUCCCCCAGGUCAAGUACCCGUUCCCACUGCCUGCGCUCUUGGAGUUUGUAGAGAAGUACCAUGCAGCCACCAGGCCCGAGCUGCAGCAGCUCUGCAAGGAUGUCGGCAUGUCUCGCUCUCGCUCCAUCAUGAAGCUCUUUCGCUGGCUCCGCUGGCAGGAGGCGAACCUCGGCUACGAGGAGAUGCAGGCCAUGACGCGCAAGGGCGUCGUCGAGGGCGACGGUACUGGCCUGAAACUCUUCAAGCAUAAGGGGAAGAACUGCCACGUGGCAUUGUGGAGUUUGGCGGAGCGGCCCCGCGAUCCGGCCGUGCCGCGAACAAUGGUGUACUUCGCGCCCGUCAAAAAGGACGUCUUGGCGUCGGGCGGCCUUGACCACGUCGCGGACAAGUCGGUGCUGGUCUCUGACGGUGCUCGUUUGUACGCCCGCCUGGCUCGUGAGCAUGGCCUACGCCAUCGAUUCUGUGUACAUUCCAAGGGGGUAUUGAAUGAGAAGGCGCGUGUGCGUGGGUAUGGCACACUCGAUGUGAACACAGGUCUGAUCGAUGAGCGGUGGUCUCGCAUCAAGGAGUGGAUUCCGAAGGGAAUCUGGGGGAGUGACGGCGAGGGUAACCUGAACGUGGAGCUCUGGAGCUACGUCUACCAGUGGUGGUUUCGAUGCCAUCAUCCUUUGAAAGCGGACAGGCAGGCGCGCUUGGCCGAAUACUCGGGGCGUGAGGCUUAG